UGUCAGUAGUUGACUGUACUUUCCGAGUGAGCGUGAAGUGUGCCGCAAGUAGUCUCUGUGUUUAUAAUGGAUGUGUUAAGAAAAGUGAAUAUAGUUAGGUAGACGCUAAAUACACAUAUAUACCAAUGCGUUAUGGAGGAGAACAUCGUCGAAAACUGGCUGAGGUCUCUGAAUUUUGUCGGAUAUACUCAAGCAUUUUUAGACAACGGGUACGACGACUUGGAAGUUUGCAAACAAAUCGGAGAAGAUGAUUUGGACGCUAUCGGAGUUGUUAAAAAGAGCCACAGAAAAGAAAUCUUGAAAGCUGUACACCAGAUUCGAGAGGAGGGUGCCACUUCAGUAUAUUUUACACUAGAAGAACCAGGCGUUACAAAUUACCCAUACAAUGACCAAGUUUCUCCGAGACCUCUCAGUAACUCGAGUAGUACAGACACAACACCCACUUCGCCUUCCAAAGACAUUUACUUGCCUCGGGACUACAGGGUAGACGAGUAUGAAGAGGGAAAGAAUGCUCUUGUUGUUAUUCCACAAAAGAAAUUAACUGCAAUUAUUCUGGAAAAACUAUCACAAGAUCGUAUUGAUCUAUCUCAACUUUCUAGUCAGGGUGAUGUUGCUUCAAUUGAAGUCCUUGCUCACAAAUAUGCCAAAGAAUUCAACACACACCAGAGUGAUGUCCUGUACAAACUCAAAGAACUACAGGCAGCUGGGGUGCCUACUCACAAAGAAACAGUAAGGAGUCACAGAAGAAUACAAAGGGGGUUCUGAGCUUUGUAUUUUAUCCUUCCCAAAAGAUUGAAAGGUUCUUGCAAACGGGAAGUUUUUUAAAAAAAAUCUCCAGCUAGGAACUGACUUGUGUCUUAGACAUAAAUAUCCUUGCUGACAAGGGUGUGAGAUUUGAGCUUGAAGCAAGCUACUGGUUUUCUUUGUUUUAUGUUUUUACCACUCUCAGGAAUUUUCUAUAUAAUGUGUUUUUGUCAUUUGAAGGUUUGAAUUAAAGCACAUACCUCCCCCAAGGUAAAAUGGAUUUGCAAACCAUUAUCACAUUGAUUUAAGAUUUAAAUUAACACCUGGGUUACAUUUGGACUAAGCUGCAGCAGUAUUUGGAAUGUAUGGGCCUAUUUGCAUGUUCAGAACCAAAUGCCUACACAUAAAACA